CUGGGAUUUCAAACUUGGCUCCUCUUUAGCGCCAACCCGCCGGGUGAGGGGAAUCCGGCCGCCAGUGCGCAGGCGCCGAACAGGCGCCUCGGUGGGCAGCCGCGGGGCGGCGGCAGGACCCCGUUGCCAGACGGCAUGGCUGCGGCCGGUGGAGGGGCGGCGGGGUUCGCGGGGUGGCUGAGGCGGCGGCUGGACGGCAUGGACAUAGACGGCGAUGUCUACGGCUCGUAUAUCAACGGCAUCCUACAGGAAGGAGAGAACGAAGAGGAAAAGUCUGAGGCUCUUCAAGGCAUUUUGUCUGCGUUUAUGGAUGAAGAUUCAUUAGCAAUCAUUUGCAAAGAAAUAAUUCAAAAGUGGUCUGAGAUCACAAACAAUAUCACACAAGAGAAAAAUGUUGAAGAUGAAGUACACGCCAUUGCAAGUAUGAUUGAGAAACAAGCCCAGAUUGUUGUGAAACAAAAAGGUGCUUCAGAAGAGGAGAAAUCUACAAAGGCUGCAGUUCUUGCACAGUAUGCAAAUAUAACCGAUGAGGAGGAUGAAGAUGAAGAGGGCCAUGGAGCAAGUGGAUCAUUUAACUUUGACAGUGAUAAGUCUCUUUUCAAAAAUACGAAUGUUGAGGCUGUUCUUGUUGCGAAAAAAGCAGAAAGGGAAAAGGCUCGAGAAGAUGCACAGAAGAAGAAAGAGCAAGAUAAACUACAGCGAGAAAAAGACAAGCUUGCAAAGCAGGAAAGGAAAGAGAAGGAGAAGAAGAGAACACAGAAAGGAGAACGGAAGCGGUAAAAAUGAUUUGAAUGUCUCAAAAUGCAAAACUUGCAUCCACAGAUGUUAUGAACUGUGCUGAACCAGCCACAAUUUUGUUUUGAGGAGUUUGACAUCUAAUAUUUAAAAAAAACUUUCUUUAUAAAAUGCCAAAUUUUUGCAGUGUGUUGUGUCAACAUUGAAUUCCAGUUUGCAUAAGUAAAAUAAAACACUUCAGUUAGGUCUUUUGUUUGUCAUAGGCUGUCAAUUAAGUAUUUCAGAUUCUUAAUGUGUUGCAAUUUGCUGUGUCUAACAUUUACAUGAAAAUAGCCUACACAGACAAAAGUAGUUGGUGAAGCGGAACCCCUUCAGUGAAGGGAGAUUCUUGUGCAUUUGAUGAAGUGUAACUGAUUAAUAAAGGAUGUUUUGAAGAUCGAACGUUGUUUUUGAGGUUUAUUUUAAAUACGUUUCUGGAUGGCAUUAGCUCUUUGAAGGAAAAUGUACUGUCCAGCCCUGAAAUUUAAAAUCAUCUGUUGAAUUAUUUGAACUAUUAUUCACUUUAAUUCUUUGAUUUGGAAAAUAAAGUAUUUAAAUUGUAAUUUGUGAGAAUAAAUAUGCAAAUUGCUCACCUUGUAAA